AUGCAGCUCAACGGCGACGUCAAUGCCUUCCAGAGAGCCUUUACACAAGAGAUUCGACGCCUCGACAAUGUGGAGCGUCAACUGCGUUACUUUGCUACGCAGAUGGAAAAGGCCGGCGUGCCGCUCCGCAAACUCGACCUCGACACCGAUUCCCUUGCUGCCCCGAGCACAGCCGAGAUCGACGGCCUGGCAGAACGGUGCCAGAGCCUCGAGCACCGCGUCUUCCAGCUCAACGACAGCUACGAGACGCUCAAGAAGCGCGAGGUGGAGCUGACCGAAUGGCGUUGGGUGCUGCGCGAGGCGGGCGGCUUCUUUGACCGCGCGCACGGCAACGUCGACGAGAUCCGUGCGUCGACGGACGGUGGUGCCGGCGGCGACGACAUCGACGACGACGCGCCGCUGCUCAACGACGUCGAGCAGAGCGGCGGGCAGAGCGCCAGCGACCGGCAGCAGCAGGCGUCGUUUGGCGGCAUGAACAUUGGCUUUGUGGCCGGUGUGAUUGCGCGCGACCGCGUCGGUGCGUUUGAGCGGAUCCUGUGGCGCACGCUGCGCGGCAACCUGUACAUGAAUCAGUCGGAGAUCCCCGAGCCACUGGUCGACCCCAGCACCAACGAGUCGGUGCACAAGAACGUCUUUGUCAUCUUUGCCCACGGGUCGGAGAUCCUCGCCAAGAUCCGCAAGAUCUCGGAAUCGAUGAGCGCCGAGGUGUACAGCGUGGACGAGAACAGCGACCUGCGCCGCGACCAGAUCCACGAGGUCAACGCGCGCCUCAGCGACGUGCAGAAUGUGCUGCGCAACACGCAGACGGCCUUGGACGCCGAGCUGGAGCAGAUUGCGCGCUCGCUGUCGGCGUGGAUGGUGCUGAUCAGCAAGGAGAAGGCCGUGUAUGACACGCUCAACCUGUUUUCGUACGACCGCGCGCGCCGCACGCUCAUCGCCGAGGGCUGGUGCCCGACCAACGACCUGCCGCUGAUCCGCACGACGCUGCAGGACGUGACGAACCGCGCGGGCCUGGCGGUGCCGUCGAUUAUCAACGAGAUCCGCACCAACAAGAAACCGCCGACGUAUCUCAAGACGAACAAGUUCACCGAGGGGUUCCAGACGAUUGUCAACGCGUACGGUACGGCCACGUACCAGGAAGUCAACCCGGCGCUGCCUGUCAUUGUGACGUUCCCGUUCCUGUUUGCCGUCAUGUUUGGUGAUUUCGGCCACGCCGUCAUCAUGCUGUCGGCGGCACUGGCGAUGAUCUACUGGGAGAAGCCGCUCAAGAAGGUGACGUUUGAGCUGUUUGCCAUGGUCUACUACGGGCGGUACAUUGCGCUGGUGAUGGCCGUCUUCUCCGUGUUUACGGGUCUGGUCUACAACGAUGUGUUCUCCAAGUCAAUGACGCUCUUCCCCAGUGCGUGGGAGUGGGAUGUCCCGCCCAACUUCCGCGACGGCAUGACGGUCUCGGCCAAGCUCAAGGGCAGCUACCGCUACCCCUUUGGUCUGGACUGGAUGUGGCACGGCACGGAGAACGACCUGCUGUUCAGCAACAGCUACAAGAUGAAGAUGAGCAUCAUCCUCGGCUGGGCGCACAUGACGUACUCGCUGUGCUUCUCGUACAUCAACGCGCGCCACUUUAAGAAGACGAUUGACAUCUGGGGCAACUUUGUGCCCGGCAUGAUCUUCUUCCAGGCCAUCUUUGGUUACCUGGUCAUGUGCAUCCUGUACAAGUGGUCGGUCGACUGGCUCGCCAUUGGCCAGAGCCCGCCCGGUCUGCUCAACAUGCUCAUCUACAUGUUCCUGCAGCCCGGCUCGCUGGACAUGCGGCUGUACAAGGGCCAGGAGUACGUCCAGGUGAUCCUGCUGCUGUUGGCGUUUGCCCAGGUGCCCAUCCUGCUGUUCCUCAAGCCCUUGUACCUGCGCUGGGAGCACAACAAGGCGCGCGGCCACGGGUACCGCGGCAUCGGCGAGCGGUCGCACGUGAGCGCCCUGGACGGUGACGACGACGACGACGACAACAACAACAACAACAACGCUGCUCUCGGCAACGGCAACGGCAGCAGCAGCAACAUCGGCCACGCGCGUCGCGCCAGCCACCUGAGCAUAGACAGCGACGGCGGCGAGGGCGUCGGCAUGCUGUCGCAGGACAUUGGCAGCGGCGGCGGCGACGACGACGAGCACGAGGAAUUCGAGUUCAGCGAGGUCAUGAUCCACCAGGUCAUCCACACGAUCGAGUUCUGUCUCAACUGCGUGUCGCACACGGCUUCGUACCUCCGUCUGUGGGCGCUGUCACUGGCGCACCAGCAGCUCAGUGCGGUGCUGUGGUCGAUGACGCUGGCCCCGGCGCUCAACAUGCGCGGCAUCACGGGUGUGAUUGCCAUUGUCAUUACCUUUACCAUGUUCUUCUCGCUGUCCGUCAUCAUUCUGAUUGUCAUGGAGGGUGUGUCGGCCAUGCUUCACUCCCUCCGUCUCGCCUGGGUCGAGUCGUUCUCCAAGUUUGCCGAAUUCGGCGGCUGGCCGUUUGCGCCCUUCUCCUUCAAACAGCAGCUGGAGGAGUCGGAAGAGCUCAAGGAGUACCUGGGUUGA